AUGGACGUGCUGUCUGAGAUCCUGUUGUGGAACGAGUUUGAGGCCCCUGGUGAGGCCCCUGGGAACGGAGAGAUGGACAGCGCAAUGUCGAGACCUCCCCUGGAAAAUGAGGGGGAGCCAAAAGGAAGCAAGGGGGUGAAGGCCCAGUUGAAAAACUAUGACAGCACAGAUGAGAGGGAGAGCCAGGGGACGGGGUUGGAGAAGAAGGACGUGGGAGUGGAAAUGACAACCGACCAGAGGUCACAUCUGACUCUGAUGGAGGUGGAUCAGGAGAUUGUGACGGGCAUGGUGAUCAAAAACCCGCUGUUGGAUGAGCACAGCCUGGACAGUUUUGGGAGCGCACGUUCUUGCAGCAGCGAGGUGAAGGCUGCGAAGGCGGAGGCGCUGGGGGGGUCCAAGCUGACGGCGCCUGAGCUGUGGGGCGGGGCAGAUGGGAGGAGAGCCUCUCUGGAGAGGAUGCGGUCAAACCACAGUUUCCUCCCCAAAAGGCCAGCCAGCUCUCACCGUUGCUCUUCAGGAGCACACUUCCGCUCGAACAGCUUCAAGGAGAGGGGCCAGCAGCAGUUCAAGGAGAAGGGUCCCUACAACCACGUUCCGGCGCCCCUCUCCCUUCGCAGCUUCAAGGUCCCACUCACCUCAGCUGGGGGAGUCAGCCAGCGGAUGCGCUUUACCCCCCAGCAGCAAAAGGAGCUGCGCUCAUUUAGGUCCAAAGUCAAAUGGAUUGGCUCAGGGAUCGAAGCAAUGGACGAAGCACAUGUCCUUUGCACUGACAUGGGCAUGGACAUCAAGCAGCUCAAGAAGUGGAUCUCCAACCACCGUCCGAAGAGGUUUCGGACAUUACCAAACACAAAAGCCAGCGGGCAGCCCGCCUGGCUAGGGCUCCACAAUCCCUUCUCAGGGAUCUGCAGCGAGGCCGCCCUACAGAGCCUCAAUGCAGCGCAGCCUGCGCUUGUGGGCAACGCUUCUCUCGGCCCCUUCCACCCCCCCUCCUCUUACUCAUCCCCCCCAUGGGGACCCCCCUUUUUCGGUCCAGCGGGAAUGGGCUUGUGGCCAAACGGCCCACCCGCGGCGCUCUGCCCAAAGCCCGUGGUAGGCGCAUGUGGCGCGAAGGCAGAGCCCCCGCAAGCGCACCCUGAUGCAGCAAAAAUGAGUGUGGUGGAAGCAGUCUCGGAUGGCAGCAGCAAGAGCAGCGUUCUUGCAGGACAGGGCAGGGUCUCCCUGGAGAUGGCACGUCUUGCAAAUGCCGACAAUUUGCGAAGAGUUCUGGGUCGGAAGCUGAAGGACUUGGAUCCGACGAAGGUCCGAAAGUUGGUGGAGCUGUGCAAGAAGUACCGCCAGGAGCAGUCCACCAACAAUGUGGACGAGCUGCCCUCCCCUGGCGCCAACAACGCCCCCCUCCUAAAAGAACAGGCGAUAAGUCUCCAUGACAAUUCAGCUGACCCAUGCCCUGCCUCCCUCCACCUAGAAUUUGACAUGGGGGCCAACGAGCUAGAGGGUGCUCAGUGGGGAAUCCCGAACGGGCUGCAGGAGGCCCCUCCCCAAACUCAGAAGCACUGGCGGCGUACCUCCCAGUGA